CCGUCGCCCAACCUUCAGGACUUUCUACUUGGAUCAAUCCAGAACAGCCUUUGUCUACAACUGAAACCCAAAAAUUAAUUGAACAAGAUACUGAAGAUGAAUGAGUUUUGGAGUCGUCGUACUUGUGUCAUUUUGACUGGCGCUAGCAAAGGUAUAGGACAGUGUUUGGCUGUAGAAAUUGGUAAACUUUUGAUUCCAGAGUCAACCAUUGUUCUUAUGGCUAGAGAUACAAAUGGUCUGGAAAAAACUAAAGAAAUGGUGAAUAAAGAAAACAGUGAUAUUUUGGUAGAGUAUUAUAGCGUAGAUUUAUACAACUCCAACGCAACAAUGUUUGAAAAAAUUGUUGAGCCUAUUGAUUCAACAAAGUAUGAAUUAUUUUUAUUAAUUCAUAAUGCUGGGUCAGUUGGUAAUUUGGAUCAUCUCGCAGCUGACAUGAAUGAUCCCGAUGAGUGGAACAAAUAUAUGUUGUUGAAUUUAUAUUCAGUAACCUGUCUAACAAGUGUAUUUUUAUCCAAGUUCAAUUCAGAUACAGCUGAAAGAUGUGUYGUCAAUAUUACUUCAUUAUUAGCGAUUGAACCAUUUAAAUCAGUUGGAUAUUAUUGCGUUGGAAAAGCUAGUAGAGAAAUGUACUUUCGUGUAUUGGCUUUAGAAAAUCCUUCUCUGAAUAUUCUUAGCUAUUCUCCAGGYCCUGUGUUAACUGAUAUGUAUACCAAUAUUAGUUUGAAUUCAAAAGACGAAGUUGUACGCGAACAAUUUACAAGUGGACAACAAAAACAAUAUAUUGUGAAAGUAGAAGACACUUGUCAAAAACUAGUUAACACUUUAGCCAUGAGAAAUUAUAAAUCUGGCGGCAGAGUUGAUUAUUAUGAUCGAUAAUUGUAUUCCACAUUUUUUUUAAACAUUUUAUGUAUUACUGUUUUUAAGUUAAUUUUAUUAUUUGCUUCAUAUAUUAAUU